CUGUAGGCCACCGUUGCAGCCAACUCCACGGCCAGGACUUAUAUCGACCAUGUCGGAUGCUUCACAGGACGACAGUUCGGUUCUCGGAAAACGCGAACGCGACGAGGAUGAACAGAACGGAAUGUCCGACGAAAUUGGACCCCCGCCUGCCGACGUGAACCAAGAUGAAAGUGAUGAAGAUGUCGGCCCAAUGCCUAUGCCUGCUGGUGCGCCGGGAACUACGAAAAAGAAGCGCAAAGUUCUGCCGCACGAGAGAGUCUACCUGGAGCAUCUCCCGAGUGCCGAUCAGUACUACAAGAGUUUCAUGCACCGGGAUGCGCUCAACUUCUGCGUCAUGACCAAGACAGGCUUCUUGAUCACCACCUCCGUCGACGGACACUUGAAGCUGUGGAAGAAACAGGACACCGGUAUCGAGUUUGUGAAGCAUUUCCGCGCUCACUCUUCACCGAUUGUGGGUGUUUCUGCUAGUGCGGAUGGGCAAUUGUUUGCCAGCAUCUCAGAGGAUGGCUCAGCGAAAGUGUUUGACGUGAUGAACUUCGACAUGAUCAACAUGUUUAACCUGGACUACAGGCCCGUCGCAUGUUGUUAUGUCCACAAACGAGGGCAAGCUCAGGGUUUGUUGGCAAUCUCCGACCAGGGCAGCGGGACUAUUCGAAUAUAUGACGCUAGAGGAGAUGGAAAGCCUCUCGCGGUCGUUGACAAACUACAUCGAUAUCCCGUGCAUCUCAUGGCUUACAGCGACCGCUUUGAUACAGUCAUUUCCGCCGAUGAAAAUGGGUUUGUCGAAUUUUGGGAGCCGACGGAACCUUUCGAACUACCCAAAAAGGUCCCAGGCAUGUGGAAGUACAAGAGCACGACGGACCUGUAUGAGUUCAAAAAGACGAAGUCGGUACCGACCUGCAUUACACUUUCCCCUGACUCUUCCUCAUUCGUUACGUUCUCCCUUCCUGACCGUUUCAUCCGAAUAUUUUCCUUUAUCACCGGAAAAAUGACACGCAAGUAUGAUGAAUCUCUGACUGCAAUACAAGAGAUGCAACAGGCUGGAACGACGGCUUACAGAGUAGACGAUAUGGAGUUCGGGAGACGACUUGCCCUGGAACGCGAGUUAGAACUACCUGAAGCAGAUGGACGCAUACCAGCCAUGUGGAGCAAUGCUAUCUGGGAUGAGAGUGGGGCUUUUGUCAUUUAUCCGACACUACUCGGCAUAAAAGUGGUUAAUACCGUAACUAACAAGGUCGUACGACUGAUGGGUAAAGACGAAGCGGUGCGGUUUAUGAACCUCGCUUUGUAUCAAGGUGCUCCUGCGAAGAAAGGUUUCACGACCCUGGCCAUGGCUGCUUCCGCGAAUCCUAUCCUUGCGAACAAGGAAGCACGCGAUCCGACGCUUUUUUGCACAGGGUACAAGAAGCAGCGCUUUUUCUUGUUCACUCGUUCUGAACCAGAGGAUAGCAAAGUUUCGGACCGUGACGUCUUCAACGAGAAACCAACCAGAGAAGAGCAGAGUAUUGCUACCGCAACUAUCACAAACAAAGGCGGGCCUUCUCCACUCGCAAGUUCUGCCGUCAUCCACACGACCGUUGGCGAUAUCCAUAUUCGCUUGUUUCCAAAGCAAGCACCAAAAGCGGUGGAGAAUUUUGUCGGGCAUGCAAGGAGUGGCUAUUUCGAAGGUGUCAUAUUCCACCGCGUGAUUGCCAAGUUCAUGAUUCAAACCGGCGACCCAUUGGGGGAUGGAACUGGCGGCACGUCAAUCUGGGGAAGGGACUUCGAGGAUGAGUUUUCCGACGACCUAAGACAUGAUCGGCCGUACACAGUUAGCAUGGCAAAUGCAGGACCAAAUACCAACGGUUCGCAGUUUUUCAUCACGACUACCGCUACACCAUGGCUGGACAAGAAGCACUCCAUCUUUGGGCGGGUCUUCUCAGGGUUGGAGGUUGUCCAUGCAAUUGAGAACGUUAAAGUGAACAAGAUGGACAAGCCACUAGAGGAUAUCAAGAUUGUUAACAUUGAUGUAGAUUAG